AUCGGUCGCAUACGGUGCCGGAUCGCGGCCACUAUCAGCAGCGCGCGCGGUUUUGUUCAACAGUCAAUCAGCAGCGUCGAAAGUAGUCAGCCCAUUAAAAGCCAGUAAAUCAACCGAAACAGUCAAACCUAGUUAGAGAUAGAUUUGUGUUUUCUACAUGAACCAGUCCGUUUAACGAAGAUGGCAAACCGGUGGCCGGCAUUACUGAUUGCCGUUUUUUGUACGCUAUUGUCUAUCGCAACGGCAAGCCCUCUACAUCACUCAAGGGCACAUCACGGUGGUAAAUCGAGUGGCUGUGGAUAUGAGAACUGCCCAGCUGUAAAAGAGGGAAUGAUUAAUGUGCAUCUCGUGCCUCACAGUCACGAUGAUGUUGGUUGGCUGAAGACGGUCGAUCAGUACUACUAUGGAAGUCGCAACAACAUUCAGAAAGCGGGCGUCCAGUACAUCCUCGAUUCGGUUGUGGAAGAACUUCUGCACGAUCGCAAUCGUCGGUUUGUCUACGUGGAGUCGGCCUUCAUGCACAAGUGGUACAACGAGCAGACGCCGGAAAUGCAGCAAACGGUUAAGAUGCUGGUCAACGAAGGGCGCCUUGAGUUCAUCGGUGGUGCGUGGAGUAUGAACGAUGAGGCUGCCGUACACUAUCAAAGUGUUGUGGAUCAAUUCACCUGGGGUUUACGCUUCUUGAAUGACACGUUUGGAGAAUGUGGACGGCCGCGGAUCGGCUGGCAGAUCGAUCCGUUUGGACAUUCACGCGAACAAGCGUCACUGUUUGCGCAGAUGGGCUUCGAUGGGCAGUUCUUUGCCCGACUCGACUAUCAAGAUAAGAACAAUCGGAUGCAAACGAAAACGCCGGAAAUGGUGUGGCACACUAGUAGCAGCUUGGCGGACAGCAAUUUGUUCACGAGCGUUCUCUAUAACCACUACUCGGCACCGCCGGGCUUCUGCUUUGAUGUCCUGUGUAACGAUGAUCCGCUAAUUGAUGAUAACGGAAGCACUGAUUACAAUGUUAAGGCUAAGAUUGACACAUUUAUAACAUGGUUGGAGAAAAUGUCCGAGUCUUACCGCUCGAACAACCUCAUUGUUACGAUGGGAGAUGAUUUUAACUACAUGAACGCAGUAAUGAACUUCAAAAACAUGGACAAACUUAUUAAAUAUACGAACGCACGUCAAGCUGAAGGAUCGAAAAUUAAUGCACUGUACUCAACUCCUUCCUGUUACCUGAAGGCCGUCCACGAUGCUAACAUUGAAUGGCCAACGAAAAGUGAUGAUUUCUUCCCGUAUGAGUCAGAUUACCAUUCCUUCUGGACCGGUUACUACACUUCUCGGCCAACCCAGAAACGGUACGAGCGCGAAGGAAAUCACUUCCUGCAAGUCUGCAAGCAGCUGUCGGCGAUUGCUCCGAAGAAAGAAUCAUACUACGAGGAUCAUCUCACCGCUCUGCGUGAUGCGAUGGGAGUGAUGCAGCACCACGAUGCCAUUACCGGUACCGAGAAGCAGCAUGUCGCUGACGAUUAUGCUCGCAUGUUGUACAAUGCCUUCGAGGCAUGCAGUGUCAACACACGCUCGGCCCUCAAUCAGCUGUCGGGUGAGAGGGAUAACUUCCAGUUCGAGUGGAACUACUGCAAGAACCAAAACAUCAGCGCUUGCGACAUAACGGAAGGGGCCGAUAACACGGUGGUGCUCUUGUACAAUGCUCUUGGCUACAGUUCCGAUAGCUUCGUUCGGCUACCCGUUCCCGAGGGAUCCUAUGUGGUGCGAAACGAUCGUGGACAAACUGUUGCAUCGACGUUGAUUCCGAUUCCAGCCUCUGUCAUCGAUCUCCCAUUCCGCGAUAGCUCGGCUACUCACGAGCUUGUGUUCCACGCCGAGCAGAUCGCUCCCGUUGGCUACAAAUCUUACUUCGUUUCGAAGGAAAAGACCUCGCCGUCGUCCAACGCACCAACGGCCGUCAGCCAAGAGGAUAACAUAAGCAUCGGUAAUGAACAUCUUUCCGUUCUGUUCGACGCCGAUGGAUUCAUGAGCUCGAUCGUCAUCGAUGGAGAGACUCAUUCGCUCAAACAAAACUUCUUCUGGUACCAAGGAGCAUACGGAAACAACGAAGAGUUCCGUAACCGAUCAUCCGGAGCGUACAUCUUCCGUCCGAAUGGCACGGAAAAGGCAAUCACCGAGACUGUGAAGGUGCAGGUCGUGAAAACCGAUCUAGUGCAGGAGGUGCACCAAGUGUUCAACGAGUGGAUCAGUCAGGUGAUUCGUGUCUAUCCUGGCAAGGAGAAUGUCGAGCUGGAAUGGCUCGUUGGACCCAUCCCGAUCGAUGAUGGUACGGGCAAAGAGAUCAUUUCUCGUUUCGAUUCGACCAUCGCAUCGGAUGGAGUGUUCUGGACGGACUCGAAUGGUCGCGAGAUGCUGCGCCGGGUACGAAACAAGCGAGAGACUUGGGAGUUGGAGCUGCAGGAACCGGUAGCUGGAAAUUACUAUCCAGUUACCGCUAAGAUCGCGAUUGAAGACGAGCACUAUCGCAUGGCUGUUUUGAAUGAUCGUGCCCAGGGUGGUUCUAGCUUGGAGGACGGACAGUUGGAGCUGAUGGUUCACCGUCGGUUGCUUCGAGACGACGCUUUCGGAGUUGGAGAGGCUUUGAACGAAACUCAGUACGGCGCAGGUGUAGUAGCACGAGGCAAACAUUGGCUUAUUUUCGGCUCCUCACACAAGGAUGUCAGCCCUAAUCUGGUGGCCAAGGAAAGAUUUCUACAAAACCAAAUGCUACUCCCUAGUUGGACUUUUGUUAAUGCAGUUGCUGACGAUUUCACCUUCGAUGAGUAUCUAAGCAACUUCCGCAACAUUUACUCCGCAAUCGCUCAACAGUUGCCUCCGAAUGUAAACCUCCUCACGCUGGAACCGUGGAAGGAUGGUACCGUACUGGUACGGUUCGAGCACCUGUUUGAACAAGGCGAAGAUCCAGUCUACUCGAAGCCAGUCCAGUUCAAUGUGCGUAAUGUGCUGUUUGCCCUCAACAUCGAAAGCAUUCACGAGACAACGUUAGGAGCUAACCAGUGGAAGCAGGAUUCGCAACGUUUGCAUUUUAGCUUUGAAUCAAAUGAAAUCGAUCCGAAAAAACAGGUAGAGCAGGUACGGCCCAUUCAAAGUAGUACUGAUUUCGACAUAGAACUGCAGCCCAUGGAGAUUAGGACAUUUGUAGUUAAGCGUCGAUAAACAGUUCAAUUCUAUUUGAAAAUAGAGAUUUUGAUUGUUGAAUGCAUGAAAAUAA